GACCAAAACCUCAGAAAGCCACGACGCAAAGGCAAAGAGGCUGCUUUGCUUUGUUUCCUCCGACCGUCGGCGGUUCCUUCGAUUGGAUCGAUCAGAACCACUCCGUCCGCGGUGAGGGGAAGAGCCGGCGCGGCGGCGGCUGUGGCGUGCGGAUCGGCGGCUGGAUGGAAGUGCCGUGGCUGCUGGUGGCACACGGGUCGGUGACGGCGCUGGUGGUGGUGUCGUUCCUGUGCGGGCAGUGGCCCAUCUUCGAGGGCACCUUCGUCGAGCGCAUCAACCACUUCCUCACCUUCGGUGCAUACCACCACCUCCUGUGGCUCGUGCAGGCGGUGUGCGGCACCGGGGCCAGGGAUCUCGUCCUCGGCAUCGAGCAGUACUGCUGCGACCGACCCAACCCGAUCCUGCAGGUUUUUUAUGUUGCCAUAAUUGGGGUGACAUAUUUUAUAGUAGUGCAGACAUCUUUCAAGUACAUUCCUGGGUAUUAUGUGAGUGGAUUGCACAGAUAUUUGAGUAUCGUGGCUGUUCUUGUUGGUUCUAUACUCUUCGUGCUCACUAGCUUUUCUGAUCCUGGGACUGUUACUAAGGACAAUGUCUCUCAAUAUGUAUCUUCUUACCCAUACGACAACAUUAUUUAUGUGGAGAAAGAAUGUUCUACUUGCAAGAUUACUAGACCAGCCAGGGCAAAGCACUGUAGAAUAUGUGAUAGAUGUGUUGCUCGAUUUGAUCACCAUUGUGGAUGGAUGAAUAAUUGCAUUGGGGAGAAAAAUGCUCGCUAUUUUGUGGCCUUUUUAGUUUGGCAUUUUCUUUUAUGUGUGUACGGAGCAUUAGUCCUUGGCUUCAUUCUUGCUGGUGAGCUAAAAGAGAGGAAAGUUAUCUACAUAUUUACAGCUUAUUAUGGUAUUGAUUACUCAUUCUCUGGCCUAUUUCCACAUGUCGCACAGUGGUUGCUUGCUGUGCAUAACACUCAGAUACUUCUGAGCGUAUUUUUGGCUAUAUUAGCGUUGCUCCUUGGUGGUUUCUGUGCUUACCAUGCACACCUUUGUUUAACAAAUACGACAACCAACGAGACAUUCAAAUGGCAAGACUAUAUCAUGUGGAUGAAAAAGGAGAAUGAAGCAAAGGCAAAUGCUGCUGCACUCAAGGCCAGCAUAGGCUCAGUUAACAGCGAAGCACAGAAAUCUCCUCCAAGCAAAUGGAGGGCAUUCCUCCUUAGAUCCCGAACACCGGGUGACGAGCCAGUUGUGAAAAAUAACAUAUAUAACAGAGGCAUGAUCAAAAACUUGUGGGAGGUGAUCGUCCCUUUAUCAGAGCGGAAGUCAUUUUCCCGAAGGAAAUCAGAAUGAAACUGUUGUUGUUUUCACCUGCUGUAUCACCAAACUGUUGUAUAUCCGUGUAGAAUUUGUGAAACAUUUUUAUCGUAGUAUAGAAGAAAUAUUACCAUGAUCUUGAUCAUGGCAUAGGAGUUAGAAUCAAAUAUAGAUCAGAAGUUCUGAAGUUGUGUUUGGUUUUGCCCUUCCUGAAAAUUAAAUCUCCGUGAUCUCCUGGGAUCUUGUAGACUUGUCCAGGUUGGGAUUUCUUUGUUUAAUCAUUAGAUGAUUAAGCGAGUAGGUGCAUGCAUUGGUUGGUUGAGAUGGUAUGCAAUGCACUACUUCAGGUUUACACUUUCCCAGACAAAUCCUUCCUCCAGUUAAAAAUACAUGAUGUUGGUUUUUACUUUUCAUGAU